CGAAUAUUUCAAAACAUGGCUGACUUUCUUGCCCGUUUCUGGUUGUAUUUUAACCGAGUUCAAAGGUUGUUUUAAGCACUAAAAGAACCUAGGAAGACAAAUAAUCGUGUACACAGUAAUAUGAGUGUGUAUACAAAAUUUCCUCGCGUUUUUGCGCGGUUUUACCGGUUUAAAAAUUGUUCUUUUGGCAAAUUUUUAAAUGGACAAAAUGGCCAAGGAGUGCAAGCCAGGCAAGAAUUUCAUGCUAGCCACUUGUCUGCUGUAUUUGCGAAGGAACUUUUUGUGGGUAAUUUUGUAAAGGUGAAUUAUUUAACAUUGUGUUUUAUUAUUGCUGUUUAAUUCCCAAACAUGCGACUAAUUACGGAACAUUUUAUAUAGUCAUAUUACUCAUAUAUGCAAAGUGCUGUCGCAUUAUAGACCUAUUUAUAAUAGCUCUUUGAUGAAGAAAAUCGUCUGGCAGUAGACAGAGUAAAAUAGGGUACAUCAAGGCGCAUGGUGUGUUAAUUAUAUAUAAAAUAAAUGCAUGUAUAUGCAGUACCUCUAUUAACAUGAUCGUAAUCAGUUGAUUAUAAAAUGAGGACAAUUUAACACAGUAGUUCAAACACUCAUUAAUAAUUCUUAAGCUUAUUGGCAAAUCAUGUCAACCAUAAUAUGUCACGUGCAGUGGCUUUAAACCUGAUAAAACACUCCUAAUUAGUAUUCUUUAUAUAAAGAAUUCUAAUAAGGCAGUAUCUAUUGUAGUUGUGCCCUCAUUAGUAUUAUUUAUAUAAAGAAUACUAAUAAGGCAGUAUAUCUAUUGAAUUUGUAGUCGUGUUUGAAGCCGUUUAAUAAACUCGCAGGUCGUGUUCUAUUAGGUCUAAAGCCAUUCGCGCUGCGCGCUCGUGGCUUUAAACCUAAUAAAACACUCCUGCUCGUUUAUUAAACAGUACUUAAAAUAUUGAAUGGUCACGGACAUUGUCCAAACCAUUUGUGAAAGUGUCUGAUGUAGAGACAAAACUGAGAUGUAUUGUUUGUCUGACCUGAGUGUAUUGGUGUCCGACCAAUUUAAAGCACAGCUACGGUAUGUGGUGUAUAAAAAGUGAACAAGAAAUAUUGUUUUAAUGUAAUCAAGUGCAGACAUUUACCAUUCAGAAUUAAUAUUAAUUUUGCUGAUAUUAAUUUGUGUCAUUCAGACUUACUUCCGAGCAAACUGAAUGUCAUCGGACAUCAACAUUAUGUCAGACAGGCUUGUAAAAGAUAUUUUAAGACCUGGUGAGUUAUUAAUCUCACCAAUGUGAAAGUAUAAGUUAUUACAUCAUCUUUAUUUCCAGGAUAAAGUUUUUCCAUAUCCAGAACCUACCGAUGACCAACAAGAAACAUUACAAAUGAUGAUUGAUCCAGUGGAGAGAUUUUUUACAGAGAAAGGUAGAAAAAUGAAGGCCAUAAAAAUUAUAUACUAACAUCUGUAGCCUGAACUUUUUACGAACAUUUCCGAACAUUUCCAAUUUAUGGAUCAUCUACAGUAGCAGCUGUGUUCAUGUUAUUUAUGCACAAUAACUAUCAAAUUCAAGUGAUGACAGAUUACAUUGUGGUCUAUCUUGGCAAAUAUAAUUCUUAGGUUAACAAGUCAUACAUUAUGUUUCUUGAUACCGUACUUGAGUUCACUGAUUUUAAGAAAGAAAUUUAUCCAAUAAUUGGCAGCACUUUCCCCCUGACAAGUGAAAUCAUCUGGCAUUAUGCACUAGUCAAUCGAAAUCCCGGCCCCCUGACCCCCGGGACUAAGCGGGGAUUUUAACAUUUCACGGUUGUUAAAAUCCCGGCUAAAAAAUCUUGUUCAAUUGUUAGAAUCCCCGGGUUACUGGGCCUAAACAUUUGGGUGUUUUUUUUUCAAAUUUCCGCAGUUUGAUAAAAAACCUAACAUUAAUAUUUCCAUUAAAACUCCGCCAAAGUUAUAGAGAAUAAUACAUGGGUGCACGGAAAUACCAGAUUUAUUUCGAGUGUUGAACAUGAUAUCUCAUGAGUGAGGGCAGCGAACGAGUGAGAUAUCAUGUUCAACACGACAAAUAAAUCUGGUAUUUCCAAGCACCCAUGUAUUCUUCUGUUUAUUAUAUAAACAAAAUUCAGUGAAAAACAAUAAAACGUCCGUGGCAAUGCGUUUUACAACAAAUGAUAUUUUCACACGUAAAAAUAUCGUAUUUUUACGUGUGUUUAAAUACGAUUUUUCUCAGUGGCCAAAAACUGUAUACAACACUUAUGUUUAUAUAAUAAAAUACUUUACCUGGUUCGUUCUUUAAAAAUUUCGUAUGCAUAUUAUAAAAUUAAUACAGGUGAAUGGUUCAAAUGAAGCCAAUGGUUGUCAGAUGCUUUGCUCCUUUGUAAAAUAAUACCGUUUUUAAUUAUUAAUAAAGUACACGUAAGCCAGGUCAUAUAUACCGGUAUGUUAAUACUAGGGUAAAAUAUAAAUUCACGGUAUAAACCAGGUAAUACAUCACUCAAAUCAUGAAAACAACAAGAGUAGCGCUUAAUAUCUUAAUAUAAUAAUUUCCCAAAUAAAUAUAUACAAAGUACAAACAAAUCUUAAGACUGUGCACACGAUCACUAGCUUUCCCGAGCGCUUUUCAAUUGCGUUAAAAAUGGUGUUAAAUCCCCGGCUAUUUAAGUCAGUGUUGAAACCCUGGGUAGCAAACAAGCGACGUUUGUUAAAAGCCUGUAUUUCCCCCGCAAAAUCCCGUUAAAACCCGGUAUAUCCCCGGGGGUGGGAGGCCGGGACUUCGAUUGACUAGUGCAUUAGACAGAGUAAAUAAUAAACUUGGGCUAAUAUAAUUAUAAGCUUGGCUAAUAUUGCUGUAUAAGUGCCAGGGAAUUGGCCACAGCUAGUUUCCCAGUUAUAGUGGGCGAUUAAAAAUGUUUUAUAAAUUUAGACCCAUUAUUUAAAUGAUCGAGACUCUGUGUUAAUACUGUAUGUCAUUUCAGUGGAUUCAGCCCAAAUUGAUAGAGAAGCGACAAUUCCAAAGGAUGUUCUGGAUGGACUUAAAGAACUUGGCUUAUUUGGAUUGCAAAUUCCUGAAGAAUAUUGUAAGUAAAUCACUUUUUUUCAUGAAAUGAACAGGUGGAAUGUUUUGUUGAGCGAU